CAAUCAUUUAGACGUCCAAUUUGUUUUUAGUCGGUCGAGAAAAAAAAGGUUUGGUCUUUUACAACUCGUAAAGGUACCAUCGUGUUUCGUCAUUUCGUAUAAUCAUCAAAAUCGGAGAUUUUAUCCACCUUACAAUUAUCCAACGCUGAUUAUUAUCGGUUAUUACCACGGCGGCGUCGGUAUUUCGGUAUUUUUCUCAGUAUCUAAGUCAGUUUAUCUAUUCAUUGUACGGUUUAGUUUUUCAAUCAUAUUAUAAUAACGAGUCAACUUCAGUGUCAUAAUGCCGUCUAAUAGAAAACGUGUAGUGCUUUCAAUGAAAAAAAAAAUAGACAUAAUUGCGAAAUUGGAAAAAGGUGAAACACGUCGAGCAUUGGCCAUAAAGUACGGUGUUGGAUUAUCCACAAUUUCAGAUAUAAAAAAAAAUGCAGACUCUAUCACCAGGUACGUAAAUAAUUUCGAUAGUAAAAAAGGUUCUUUAAGUCGUAAAACAAUGAAAAAACCUAAAAUAGAAUUAUUAGAAGAUGCUGUAUUUACUUGGUUUAUGCAAAAUAAAGCUUCUAAAAAGCCUAUAUCGGGUCCUUUAUUGUGUGAAAAAGCAUUAUAUUUUAACAAAAAACUUAGAGGCGAUUCAUCAUUUGUGGCAAGUACUGGAUGGUUGAGAAACUUUAAAUCACGCCAUGGAAUUCGACAAAGAGAGAUGUAUAGAAAGAAUUCGAGUGCAAAUAUCCCUGCCGCAGAAUUGUUUUCUGAUAAUAUCAAAAAAUACAUUGAAAAAUACAAAUUUGAUAUGGAUUUCGUGUACAGUGCAGAUGAAAUAGGCCUCAACUGGAAAGCUUUACCAUUAAAUUCUUCGGUGUACCAACGUGAGACAGCACUUCCAGGAUACAAAGUAAACAAAGACCGUAUAACAGUUAUGGUGUGUGCAAAUGCUGCCGGUACUCAUAAAAUUCCGUUACUUUUGAUUGGCAAAACUAAAAACCCACGUUGCUUUCAAAAUGUAAAAAUCCCGUUGAUGUACAAAAGUCAACCAAAUUCAUGGAUGAAUGCCGAUUUGUUCGUGGAAUGGUUUAAACACACAUUCAUUCCUGAAGUGAAAAAAUUUCAGCAAAAUAUAGGAAAAGAAGGCAAGGUAUUACUAUUGUUAGACAAUACUCCAUCUCAUCCUUCGCUAGAAACUUUGAAUACGAUAAAUGAUGAGUUCGAGGUAAAAUUUUUUCCUUCCAAUGUGACUUCAGUUCAACCUAUGGACCAGAAUGUGAUAGAAACAUUUAAAAGAUUAUACAGAAAAGAAUUUAUCUGUCGCUUAAUUUUAGAUGACAUAAAUGACGAGGAAAUUUUUCUGUCCGUUUAUAGAAAAAUGAAUUUGAAGGACUGUUGCUACAUGCUAGUCGAAGCAUGGGAUUGUGUACAAAAAUACACUUUAGAAAGUUCAUGGGAUAAGCUACUGAAUCGAACUGAAGACACCCAAAACGAGGAAUUCAAUAUCGAAAUAGCUGAAAUACACGAAUGUAUAGGCCAAGUCUACGUAUUAAGGGAUUGUGAAGAAGAGGAUAUAAAUGAGUGGUUGCUUAUGGAUACAAUUGAUCCAGGAUACCAUGUACUUUCAGAUAAUGAAAUAGUUCGCAGCGUAAAUAAAGAAGGUGACACUGAAGAAGAUGACACUGAAGAAGAUGACACUGAAGAAGAGGAAUAUGAAACUGAUGAUGAUUCAACUGAUUGUGAAUAUGAGUCGUCUCAUUUUGAAGCUUUAAGUGGGUUGGAUUUUGCAUUUAAAUGGUUUGAGAGGCAAAGGGAAUCGAACCCAACUGAAUUGUUACAGUUAAGGAAAUUAAGAGAUUUAGCUGCUCUAAAACACAGUCUAUACAAAGAACCAAAAUAAAAUAUCAUAAUUUUUCAAUACCUUUGUAAUAAAU